AUACAUUUUAAUGUACAAGGCGUGUAUAAACGAUUUCUACAAUAAAAUAUUUUUUACUUUCGAAUAUAUGAACUUUUAUGGCAUGGUUUGAUUGAUUUAACGUAAACAUGUUUCGACUGAACUAAGUAUUUGCUCAUUGAUAUACACUUAACGGGGAAGGCAGUUUCAGGAAAUGAAAUAGUAACUAUGCAAUAUAAAAUAAAACCCUCGGAAAUUAGUAGAAACCUUAGUCAGUGAAAUAUAGAAAAUUGCAUAUAAUAGAUUGUAAGUAACUACAUGUAUGUAGACUUAAUAGCAAGACUGCAAGUGCACGCACGUGUAUACAUAAAGAGUCGAGAGAGCCAAGUUGUGUAGGUGCAUAAGUACGCGUGCAGCAAGUAGUCAUUGAAGAGCACGCGAAUCUGUAGUGUCAAAUUACAAAUCGUUACGAAAUUUCAUGUCAUCUCGCGGGAAGAAAAAUAAAAAGAAAAUAUUAACGAGGAGACCUCGUCAUGUGGUUGGGAAAGAAGAAAAGUAUCGACAAGAAAGGGACAAGUCUGACAAGGAGGAUGACGAAGAAUCAGAGGAAAGCGAAGAAUGGCCCCUUUCCUUUCCGGUUGCCAUGUGGGACCUCGAACAAUGCGAUCCGAAGAAAUGUUCCGGUAGAAAACUCGUUAGGCACGGUCUCGUGAAAAUACUGAGGUUAGGUGCUCGAUUUCCAGGCCUGGUCCUGACUCCGGUUGGACAAAAGUGCGUGAGUCCAAUCGAUCGCGAUAUUGUACGGGAUUACGGUUGCGCGGUUGUCGAUUGUAGUUGGGCACGGUUGGACGAUACUCCGUUCGGUAGAAUGAAAACUCCGAAUCCUCGUCUAUUGCCGUUUCUAGUCGCCGCAAAUCCAAUAAAUUACGGUAAACCUUGUCAAUUGAGUUGCGUAGAAGCAAUAGCGGCCGCAUUAAUCAUAACAGGAUUUUCCGAGGAAGCCAACUUUUAUCUUGGAAAAUUUUCCUGGGGCCAUUCCUUUUUGAAACUGAACGAUGACUUGCUCAAGAAAUAUUCGCUUUGCGCAAAUCCCGAAGAAAUCAUAGCGGUCCAAGAUCAAUUUCUCGUUGACGCUAGACAGGAGAGGAUAAACAGGAUCGCUUCUUCGGAUUUCCCGCCAACCGAUUCGGAAUCGGAGGAGGCGGAUCAAGAGACAAACAACGAGGUGAAAAAGGGGGGACAGGAGGAGGAGGAGGAGGAGGAGGAGAAAAAAGAAGGAAAUUCGAGUACCGCGAAUACCGAUUUGAAAGUAGACGAACGUUUAAAGGAUCUAAAUAUAACAUAAAGAUUGUACAUAAAAAUUGGCUUUAUCGUUCUCAUCCGGAAGAAACGUUGGUUGUGUUAUGUGUUUUUAUUUCAAGGUAUAAACGACGAAACAAAUAACGAAAAGAAAAAAAAAGAAAAGAAAAAACGGAUCGACACGUUUGCGCCGGUUAACAGAAUCUCUC